GCUCGAUGCCCAGUGCAAGUGCCCAACCUCAGACUCCUCCCGGACCAGCUGACCUCCGCUCCAUUCACCCCACACCUUCUUCUUCGUCGUCGUCUUCCCCUGCUGCGGUUAGCCUGGCCGUGGCCGCCUCCUGCUCUUCGAUCUCACGCUGCGAUGGAGCGGUACGAGGUGAUCAGGGACAUCGGCUCGGGCAACUUCGGGGUGACAAAGCUCGUCCGGGACGUCAGGACCAAGGAGCUCUUCGCCGUCAAGUUCAUCGAGAGAGGGCAAAAGAUUGAUGAGCAUGUUCAGAGGGAGAUUAUGAACCACCGGUCCCUGAAGCACCCAAACAUAAUUAGAUUCAAGGAGGUAAUUUCUCAGACAUCUUGGAAAGGAAAUGUUCUGGUACGAAUUUGAAGUUGGAUGAUUGGUAGCUACACACGUCGUGCUAACUCCCACGCAUUUGGCAAUAGUUAUGGAAUAUGCUGCUGGGGGUGAGCUAUUUGAAAGGAUCUGCAGUGCGGGGAGAUUUAGUGAGGAUGAGGCAAGGUUCUUCUUCCAGCAACUGAUUUCGGGAGUGAGCUAUUGCCAUUCCAUGCAAGUAUGCCAUAGAGAUCUGAAACUAGAAAACACUCUCCUAGAUGGUAGUGUCGCACCCCGGCUCAAGAUCUGUGAUUUCGGUUACUCCAAGUCUUCUGUGCUGCACUCUCAACCGAAAUCAACUGUUGGCACACCUGCAUACAUUGCUCCAGAGGUCCUCUCUAGAAAAGAGUACGAUGGAAAGGUUGCUGAUGUCUGGUCUUGUGGAGUAACACUAUAUGUGAUGCUCGUCGGCGCGUAUCCUUUCGAAGACCCUGAUGACCCGAAGAACUUCCGCAAGACGAUCACGAGAAUACUCAGUGUACAGUACUCAAUUCCAGACUACGUUCGCGUUACAAUGGAGUGCGGACAUCUGCUGUCUCGGAUAUUUGUUGGAAAUCCUGAGCAGAGAAUAACCAUUCCUGAGAUCAAGAAGCACCCGUGGUUCCUCAAGAAUCUGCCCAUCGAGAUGACCGACGAGUACCAGCAGAGCAUGCAGUUGGCAGACAUGAACACCCCGGGGCAAAGCCUGGAGGAGGUGAUGGCGAUCAUCCAGGAGGCGCGGAAGCCAGGGGACGCCAUGAACCUUGCCGGGCAGCUGCCCUGCCUGGGGAGCGUGGACCUUGACGACAUUGAUUUUGACGAUAUUGACGACAUCGACACUGAGAACAGCGGCGACUUCGUUUGUGCAGUGUGACUGUGUGAGGCUCAGCAGGGCAGGAGCUAGCUUCCUUUGGUCGUUGGUGUCUGUAGAUCCUUGUUGUGCUAUGCUUCCAUUCGUUCCUGGAUCAGAUAUGUUGUUGUGUAACCGAGAAAAUUGGCGUUGCUGUGGACAAUAGAAACAGACCCAUAAACUUAUGCGGAAAUCUACCCCCCAAAAAAGAAAAAAAAUCCUCUGUGAUCUGUUGAAUUAGAACAUCUUGGCAAUGGUACAGCUUGUAUUGCUUUAGCGAUCUAACAGUCCAUUUAAAAAAAGAAUCAUUUGAAGGAUGAA